GCCUAGCCGGGGAGGUCGGGACCGGCAGGCGCGGAGGACCUGGCGGCAGCUUGGGAGCCCUGGCGUUCUUGGGGGAGGGAAGCUGUCAAACGGAGACUGAGAGAAAUGAGGCGAAGGCCGCGAAGAAGCCGGGAGCCCCGCCCUUCCAUCAUAGCGGCCUCGGGCGCCGCCUCUUCCUUUUCAGCCUCCCACCCUCGCCGGCUUCCGGCGCUGUGGCCUGACCGGGCUGCGUAGGCUCCCUAGGGAGUAGCCCCCGGGCCGUGGCCUCUCUAGGGUGAGGGGUAGAUGCCUGGUGCCCGGUGGGGACUGUGUCGGGACGGAGCCGGCCAGAACGGGCUUCAGACAUGGCUGGGCUGUCAGACGGCGGCCCCUGGCUCGGGACGGCCCGUGAGGCCUUUAGCCCUGAGAACGCUGGGUCAGAGCGACUUAGCCAAAGCACAGAGAAUGUUAGUCUUAUUCAGAGGGUCCAGGGCUCCAAUUCAGCAGGCUUUCCCAAAUUCUCAGUUAGGGUCCACCUGCCCUAAGCAUACCCAGCAAGAGCAUGCUCUGUCAUUGGAGGAAGUACUGGGCUAGGCAUUGGGAGAUCUGGGUCAUAAUCCUGGCCAGGGAAGAGUGCAUACCCUUGGCCGGGAUGCAGGCUGGUACCAUGUUUCAGAAGCAAGAAACAUGACACCCUCUUUAAGUAGCGUUGGGUGUGUCACUUGACCCUGGUGAGCCUCAGUGUCCACAUCUAUAAAAUGGCGAUGGUAAUUAUGCUGGCCUCACAGUGUCUAAUGAGGUCUCUGGGGCUAUUUAUUUCAUGGGAAAAUAAGAGUGAAACUAGUUGAUCUACAAGUGUCCUACCAGUUGAGAGUCUGUGAUUUAGCAAAUGGGUUGUUGGGAAGUGAGGCUGACAAUUAGCUGAGAAGGAGAAUUGACUAGCUUUGUUUUUACUUGGUUUACCUGUAAGCUAAGAGUGGGCUACAAAUCUUCUGUGGUCGCUGAGGCUAGAGCUUGACUCUGGAGAAAGGAAAGGAAGAAUGCAAGCCUGGUCAAGAGGCAGAGAGUUUAGAAACCUGAGGGAGCUCAGUCUUGGUAGCAACCCUUGAAUUCCUGGUAUUGAGAAGAUGUGGCCCCUGGACCCAUCCCGGAAGGAGGUGCUGAGGUUUGCAAUCAGCUGCCGUGUCCUGACUCUGAUGCUGCAGGCCAUCUUCAAUGCCAUCAUCCCAGAUCACCAUGCCGAAGCCUUCUGUCCUCCUCGACUAGCCCCCUCAGGCUCUAUGGACCAACUUGUGGAAGGUCUUCUAGGUGGCCUGUCUCGCUGGGAUGCUGAACACUUCCUGUUCAUUGCCGAGCACGGGUACCUGUAUGAGCACAACUUUGCCUUCUUUCCUGGUUUCCCCUUGGCCCUGCUGGUGAUGACUGAACUGCUAAGACCCUUGUGGUGGUUCUUGAGCUUCCGGAGUUGCCUGCUGAUUUCAGUAGCAUUGCUCAAUUCCUUGUUCUCUGUGCUGGCCGCAGUCGCACUUCAUGACCUAGGCUGUCUGGUUUUGCACUGUCCCCACCAGGCCUUUUACGCAGCACUGCUCUUCUGCCUCAGCCCUGCCAAUGUCUUCCUGGCAGCUGGUUAUUCAGAAGCUUUGUUUGCCCUCCUGACAUUCAGUGCCAUGGGGCAGCUGGAGAGGGGCCGAAUCUGGACUAGUGGACUCCUCUUUGCCCUUGCCACUGGUGUGCGCUCCAAUGGGCUGGUCAGUGUUGGCUUCCUCAUGUAUUCUCAGUGUCGAGGCUUUUUCUCUUCUCUUACGGUGCUGAAUCCCCUGAGACAACUCUUGAAGCUGAUGGCCUCUCUGUUUCUGUCAGUGCUUACACUUGGCCUUCCCUUUGCCCUUUUUCAGUAUUACGCCUACACUCAAUUCUGUCUGCCAGGCUCGGCUCACCCCAUUCCUGAGCCCUUGGUACAGUUAGCUAUGGAGAAGGGCUACCAGAUUGCAGAGGGAAAUGAGCCCCCUUGGUGCUCCUGGGACCUUCCACUAAUAUACAGCUAUAUCCAGGAUGUCUACUGGAAUGUUGGCUUUUUGAAAUACUAUGAGCUCAGGCAGAUGCCCAAUUUUCUGUUGGCCACACCAGUGGCUAUACUGGUUGCCUGGGCAACAUGGACAUACGUGACCACCCACCCUUGGCUCUGCCUUACACUUGGGCUGCAAAGGAGCAAGAACAGUAAGACCUUAGAGAAGCCUGAUCCUGGAUUCCUCAGUCCUCAGGUGUUUGUGUACCUGGUCCAUGCUGCAGUGUUGCUGCUGUUUGGAAGUUUGUGCAUGCAUGUUCAGGAAUCACUCAGACUGUGUCCUCUCCCUCUAACUCCCUGGAAGGGAGAGAACGAUCAUCAAUGGCAAAUGGCUGUUGUAGCCAAGCAACACCAAGAGCAGGCUUCAUGCUCAGAAGAGAACACUGCGCCUCCUUCUGGUGGUUUCUGGUGCUCUAUACAUUCAGAGAAAUUUCUCUACCCUAGGAAUUACAGGUGCUUCCUGCUGUUUGUUGCUGCCUCCGUGAUAUCUCAGAGUUUUCUUUUUGCCUCUACAGUUAUCUAGUUAACAACUAUAUCUAGUUAACCAUUUUAACCAUUCUUUAUAUUAAAUUCUGUCAAUGACUGGUGUGGUUUCUGUCUCAAUGACUGGGGUGGUUUCUGGACCCUAACUGAUACAGAAAUUGGUACUUGGAAUGGUCCCAGGAAAUAGACCCCAAAAGAUGGGGUUAGGGAACUGGCUUGGUUGUGUCACUAGGUUUGAAUGUUCUAAGCUCUUUGCCAAUGAGAAAUGUGAUGCUACCAAUCCAUGGCAUGCUGUGGAAUCAUAGUUAAUUAAAUUAUCACCUGUGGCUAUUUGUGAUAAAGUGCCAACUAAAGCAAGUGCCAAGUAAAGCAAGUGCCUUGGGGGCCCAACUGGUUGUCACACUUGACUGUUAUGGCAGUGAUAAUAAUCAUGGGGACUACAGUAUGGGACAGAUUCUUCCAAUUGCAUCACAAUCCUUGCAGAAAGAAAAUGACAAGCUCAAGUCUUUAAACUCUCAGCUUAAGUCGUGGUCAGAGAACUGUAGAGCUUCUAUGAUAGCCAUAAAAGAAUCUCUCAUUUCUUAUAGCUACCAGACUGAUUUGCUACAAAUAAAACACAAAAAUUGUGCAUGCUGGAGAAUUACAUCAUCAAAUUCACAGUUUAAGUCUUUCCUGUGAUUGGGAAGGAAAUAGGACCCUAAAACUUGGUAUGGGGCCAUCUUAUUUGACUCAGACAAAUCUGAAAAUCUUAGAUUCUCAUUUCUCUCUGAGCUUCCCUUGCCAGUGGAAGGAUCUUAUUCACUUGUGUCUGAGGAGACCAGCCUUCCCUUGCUUGCAAGCUCUGUAAUAACCUCUCCUGGAGCAGAAGAUACACCUUGCAUAGACAGGCCAUUCUCCUGAAGGUCCACCAAAACCACCCCUUGUUGCCUCAAGACCCAUAACUAGGAUCAAACCUCAGCAUUCUCCAAGGGGGCAAGUACAAAAUCUGACUCAGAAGGAAAUAACUUAUACACCAAAAUAAUUACAAGAUUUUGCUGACAUAUAGACAGAAAUCUGGGGAAUACAUGAGGGAGUGGAUUCUUGUGAGGAUGAAAUACAGCACUAGACUGAGCCAUGUUCAUUGCUGUCUAUGCACUUGUCAGGGAUUCUGAAUUUAAAGUGUUACCUCACGCAGCUACAAGUGGCUGUAAUGGUUUACUCAGUUGGUUGACUAAAAAUUUGACUUAGUGGUACCCAUGUUUAACAAGGUUGAAAUGUGAGAAAUUUACUGGAAUGAUGGAGAGGAUGAAAUUCAAAGGAAUGCUGUAACAGAUUUAUCAUAUGUGACCUAAACAGCCUAUUUGUCCCCCAUGAGGGUCCAGAGGACACUCUGUUCACUGCAGCAUUGAGAAAUAUAUUGGGGAAGGGAGCAUCUGCACCCUUGAAAAGCUCUGUGGGGACUCUCCUCUGUAAUUCAGGAGCAGUGGCUAGAGAUUCUGCCAGUGAGAUAGGCUCCCUAAUUUCAGUAGAGAUGACAGGAUCUCAGCAUAUCAGAGCCAAGUAGUAGUGCUUAACUGACAAAGACAAGGUGAGUACAUUGGCCAUCAAGAGCAAUAGAGUCUCUCUCUC